AGAAAUUUAAACUACUUUAUUUGAUAGACGAUGCUCCCGACAAUUUGGCCCCAAUAAUAGACUUCUUACAAGAUAAGGAUCCUAAUUGGAACAAGUACACAAUUAUACAGUCGAACAACUUACUUAGAACCGAUAUAGAGUAUGUGGUGGACUUCAAUCACUUGGUCACCCUUGAUAUCACCACUUUAACAAACCACCUUUAUAUCCUCCUCACUUUAGACGUCAUAAACUCGGACAUAGCCUGGAAACAAUUUCAUCAAGUUAAGCAUGUCCUUCAAACAAACGAUACUCCGUUCUCCCUUGCAUUGGAAGUUAAUGAUACUAAAUUAGAUGUAGAAAAAUUGCAUUUUUGGUUAACUGAAACAAUAUCAUUUGUAUCGUUCCCAGCUACAUUUACUGCCCUGCCGGAUUCCAUUUUCAAACUUUUCCAGGAGAAAAGUAUCCCUGUACCUUUGUUAAUCCUAGAAAACGAACGAUCAUAUGAAAACUUCUUGUACUUGAAGAACACGUGCAAACCGCUUUCACAAUAUUAUUUACAACCUUUACAACCAUUGGUGGAGGAUUUGCUGUUGGGAAUAUAUAAACAAUUUGAAUUGGAUAAAGUGAAAUAUGAUCAGUAUCAACAGGCUUUCGAACUAGCUAUAUCCGAUUUAUCCGCGCUCAACCUUGACAAGAUUAAAAUCUUAAUAAUUGGACCUGGCAAUGGGAAGUUAUUGAUUAAAUUAUGGGAACUUGUCAAAAAGUCGAUUGAUAAAUUCCAUAUAGUGGCCAUUGAGAAGAAUCCAAUUUGUUUACCCACAUUACGAGAGAAGAAUGUUAAACUUUGGGAUUGCAAAAUUGAAAUAAUUGAUCAUGACAUACGUGACAUUAAAUGUGCAGAUUAUAACUUGAUCAUUUCGGAAUUAAUGGGAUCGUUUGGUGAUAAUGAAUUGUGUCCAGAAAUCCUAGCGCAAUUUGACAAACCGAGACCAGACUUGAUAAUGAUACCCAGUAGCUACACAUCAUACAUUCAACCGGUAUAUACCCCGUUCAAAAUUAAAACAAUCUCCUUGAUCAAGCUUAGUAACUACUAUGCUUUGGGUGAAGAACAACAAUUAUGGGAAUGGGAGCAUCCCGGAGACUUCCAACCAAAUAGAAUCGCCAAAUUAUCAUUUCCUAACAAGAAAGGAUAUAAAGUAUCUGGUUUUCUAGGAUGGUUUACCUGCACAUUAUAUGGACAUAUAAACAUUCAAAUUCAUUCUCCCCUGUUAUCGACAUAUUGUAAGUCUUGGUAUCCAAUAUAUUUUCCUGUUCAUAGAACAAAAGUGAAGCCUGAUCAUAAUAUUCAUUUAGAAUUUAAACGGAUCAACAAUGGUGAAAAUGUUUGGUAUGAAUACACUUUUCAUGGUAAGGUUUAUAACGAAAAUGGGGUAGAUUAUUGUAUGAAAUUAUUAGAUAAUCAAUAAACAUUUUUAUCGCAUAGGUGAUUUAUCUCUGUUGUAAUUGGUUGGUCUGUGUG